GGAAUCGGUGUGAGAGAUCACGUGAUUGUCUUGUGAUUACAAAAUGGCGAUACCCUGUAGAGGAACGAAAGUUUUCCUCGUUAUCGCAUUAAUCUGCUGGGGAGUGACGUUUGCUGACAAUCAUUCAGAGUUGGUUCCCUUCUCUCGUGUCCGGAUGAUGUUCCAGAGUACAAGAUGGAUACUGCUUUGUUUACCAUCAGAAAUGACCAAAAUCAAAUGGCUCAACUGAGAUUAUACAUGCAGAGUGAGGAAUGUAACACAUGUAAUCUCAUCCCAGAGUGGGAAAUUAUGCCAUCCCAGAACUGUUCCAUACUAGUGGACACACGGUGGCCUGUGAGGAUCGAGAUACGUACAGUGAUCGACGAGUCGGUCAAGACGGUCGACCCGUCCUGCAGUGAGGGCAAUCUCACCAUGAUGUUCCUGGAGUAUGGCGACUAUGCCGUGUACAUGAAAUCUACAGAGAACAACGAGCAGGCCACAUGCUCAAAGGUCAUCAUCAUGAAUGACCCCUCCGACUCAAAUAUACCCAUCUAUGUUGCACUUGGAAUUGGGGUGUUUUUGGCAUUGUUUUGGAUCCUAAUGAAAUAUCUAUAUAGGAGAGGAAUACUUCAUCGAAUAAUAUAUUUCUGGAGCACAGAAGGAAUGAUGGUGCACAGGUAUUCCACACAGGAUCUUGGAACUCCCACCAACAUCAACGCUGGUGAUGACCCAAAUAAAGAUGACAAGAAGGAGAAAAAGGAGAGGCUGAAAUCACUGGACACAUUCAGAGGGAUAGCAAUUUUGGUAAUGAUAUUUGUCAAUUACCGCGCAGGCUACUACUGGUUCUUUAAACACAGUAUAUGGAAUGGCCUGAAUCUAGCAGACCUUGUGUUUCCAUGGUUUGUGUGGAUCAUGGGGACAUCGAUGGUCUUCAGCUUCAGCAGCCAGUUGAAGCGGUCAACGCCAAAACUGAUGAUGUUCUGGAAAAUUUUGAAGAGGUCAGCCAUCUUGUUUGUGCUGGGACUUAUCAUAAACACAGACGGCACACCAGGAGGUGUGGAGUUUGAUGAAAUCAGAAUACCAGGAGUGCUACAAAGGUUUGCUGGGACCUACCUCAUUGUAGCAACAAUACACAUGUUUUUUGCUAAAACAACAGAUGAACAUCAGCACUGCUGGUGGUCCCCGGUGCGAGACGUCCUGGACUACUGGCCAGAGUGGAUCAUACACCUCAUCAUGGUCGCUGUGUGGUUGGUCAUCACCUUUGCCCUGUCUGUGCCCGGAUGUCCAAGGGGCUACCUGGGUCCAGGUGGGUUACAUGAAGGAGGGAAGUAUGAGAACUGUACGGGAGGUGCAGCUGGCUACAUCGACCGCCUCAUCUUCGGGGACUCCCACAUCUAUCGCAACCCUACAGCCAAGGCUAUCUACAAGACAUCCAUGCCCUAUGACCCAGAAGGGCUGCUGGGGACCUUGACCUCCUGUUUCAUGUGUUUCCUAGGACUCCAGGCCGGAAAGAUCUUAAUUCAACAAAAAGACUGGGCCAAACGAUGUAAGAGAUUUCUCAUUUGGGGCAUAGUAUUGGGAAUCAUUGCUGCUGUCUUAAGUAAAGGAACAAAAGAUGAUGGUUUUAUUCCAAUAUGUAAGAAUUUAUGGUCCUUGUCGUUUGUGCUGGCACUGUCAAGCUUUGCUUUCAUCCUGUUCAUGCUGUGCUACCUACUGAUUGAUGUGUGGAAGGUCUGGAGUGGAGCGCCGUUCUGCUACCCAGGACUGAACCCCAUUGUUUUAUAUUUUGGACAUGAAGUGUUCUUUGGCCGCAGCCCUGUGUAUUUCCACAUUGUUCGCACUCAUGCAUCACAACUUGCAAUGACUGCCUGGGGUACAUUCUUCUGGUUCCUCGUUUCCCUGUAUCUCUAUGCCAAGGACAUCAUCAUCACUGUCUGAUCAUCUGUGGCAUUGAACAUUAAAAGGACAUAAAGUAGAAGUGAUAUGUUCAGGAAAUGAACCAUCUUUCUCUGGCCAACUAGUCUCUAUGAAAGUGUAGUUUUUACUCUUCCUUUGAAACUUUCCUCAAGAAGAUGGAAAUGGCCAAGAAAUGGACGUAAAUGGAAGUGGAACGUAAUGAAAUGCGUUUGCACUUAAGUAGACAUCAGCCAUGUUUAAGUCAAUUAAAGAUGUACUUGCCUCCACAAAUUAGGCUUGAAAUGCCUGUGUACUGGACCCAUCACGACUCGGACACAUCAUGGGCUACAUCCCCUUUCACACAUUUCUGCAUCCCCAAUUACAUAUUUCAGAAUCAAAUUGACAAAUAUACAGAGAGCUUUGCUUUGUGUGAAUAUAUUGUUGUGGGUUGAUGAUAAUCUGUGAUUAUGUGUUAUAUUUAGUUAUAAAUAUUUCAUUUGUGGUUGUAUUUUUAUUGCUCAUGUUUCAUGACAACAUAUUUUGCAUUGAUGACACAAGAUGCAUGAAGAUAGUUAUCAAUAAUUGCUUUGCAUGAACAUUAUCUAGUACAUUUUGUAAGUAAUACUUGAUUUUACUGGAUUGUUAUCAUUACCUUUUCACAAAAUCUCGAGCACAUGAACUGUGCUUUCCAUCUAUGAUCAUAUUUGUAAUCAUUAUUCACCUUGAACAUAUGUCAUAGGAAACAUGGAUAUUAAGGGAAUGUUACUUCUGUGUGGGGCACAUGGUAUGUAUAUCCCAUUUUCAUAAUACUGACUCAAAAAACAAGACUCAUACACAAAAACGUAUCACCAAUACAAGAUUGGGUGAGGAAUACUCUGCAACAGUAAAUGUUGAUAACAUGCAUUUUUGUUCAUUUUUGGAUUUCUGUAUAACAUUUCAUGUGAUAUUUUUGCAGUCAGCCAACCUUGAGAUUCUUUAGGACGCUAUUGCGGGACACAAUCAUAAACUACAGGUCUUUAACAUUUACUGUUAUUUUUCUGUAAUAUAAUAUCCACUGACAUUCUUUAAAGUAGAAUGAAAGAAAUCAGAUACUUUUUAAUGUAAUAGGUAAUUUAUUAAAGAUUAGGGAUCAUAAGGAUAUUCUUUAUAUCUGAAAAUUGCUUUUGAGAAAAGAAUUGUUUAAAUUGUUUAAACUUAAAUCUUCCAAGUCACAUAGUGGAUACACAGCGUUGAAAGUAGACUAACGCUUAGUCUCUGAAUAUAUAUAUUUUUGAUAGUAACAAAUAAACACAUUUAAAUUGAAAAGGAGCAGCAGUGAGAUGGGAGAUUCAGAACCUGGGGAAAUCCUCAUUUAGGGGGUCACCACUGUAGGGAGGGCUAAAAAGAAGGGAAAA